UGACAGCUCGACGUGUCAGGCCAUGGUUACAAUUUGCUGAGAGCUUAACCAGAAAAAUUCCUCUUAUUAGUCUUUAUACACCUGUUGAUGGUAUUGGCAACGCAAGCCACAUCACCAUAUCUUGUUCCCUCACGACUCGGACAAUGUUCUGCUUGUUUCAGUUAUAGAUAUUAUUUAAAAGAGGUUUGGACCCUUGAAUUGUUUUUAAGCUUAAAUUCUGUUGUUGUCCGUAUUUAUAUCGACACCAUGGGCUUUGAUUUGAGAAGGUUUGACAUUUAUCGAAAAGUCCCCAAAGACUUGACUCAACCAACUGUUACUGGCGCUGUCAUCUCUAUAUGUUGCUGUGCCUUCAUGACAUUCCUCUUUUUCUCUGAAUUUUUCCACUUCAUGUCUCCGGAAGUAGUAUCUGAACUUUUUGUGGACAACCCAGGAAAUUCUGAUGAAAAAAUACCAGUACAAAUAAAUAUAACACUGCCAAGGCUCGCCUGUGAAUAUGUUGGUAUUGACAUCCAAGAUGAUUUGGGAAGACAUGAUGUGGGUUUCAUUGAAAAUACUCUAAAAACACCAUGGAAUAAAGGUAGAGGCUGCAUUUUUGAGAGCCGCUUCCACAUCAACCGGGUUCCAGGAAACUUUCACGUCUCUACCCAUUCUGCCGAUAAGCAACCGGAUAAUGCUGACAUGGCUCAUUACAUUACUUCACUAACCUUUGGAGAAGUUUUGGAUAACAAAAACUUACCGGGAAAUUUUAAUCCGCUUGCCCGUAGAGAUAGGAGUCAAGCUGAUCCAGCGGAAUCUCACGAUUACACGAUGAAGAUUGUACCAACUAUAUAUGAGGAUUCUGCCGGAAAAACACUCGUUUCUUAUCAAUAUACUUACGCAUAUUCGAAUUACGUUUCGUUUUCUCUCGGGGGUCGUUCUCCAGCAGCCAUUUGGUUCCGUUACGAUUUGAACCCUAUUACUGUAAAAUACCACGAAAGACGACAACCGAUUUACGCAUUUCUGACCUCGGUUUGUGCAAUUAUUGGUGGAACAUUUACCGUCGCAGGCAUUAUUGAUUCAUUUGUGUUUACCGCUUCUGAACUAUUCAAGAAAUUCGAACUGGGAAAACUGAGUUAAAAAUCAACAAGAAGCCAAGCUAACCGAUGUGACAUGUCGGUGCCCUACAUUCUCGAUACAAAAUUGUUUUAAUCUCAUGACAAUUAUUGGCAUUGUUAUCGUUUCCGAACGACUAUGAAAGAGAGAAGGCUGAUAAAAAUACAAAAAAACAAACAAACUA